GCGGGUGCUGGGACGCUAGCAGCUCGCGGGUCGGUGCCCAGACAGCUGCGGCGGCGGCGGCGGCGGCCACACGCGGAUCCUUGAUCCCAACCCUCUCCGCGCUGGGCCAUGCCACUUCCCGUGCCGCCCACCGAGCUGGUGCCGUCGGAGCGCGCCGUGGUGCUUCUGUCGUGCGUGCUUUCCGCGCUGGGUUCGGGCCUGCUGAUGGCCACGCACGCCCUGUGGCCCGACCUGCGCAGCCAGGCGCGGCGCCUGCUGCUCUUCCUGUCUCUGGCCGACCUGCUCUCGGCCGCCUCUUACUUCUACGGGGUCCUACAGGACUUCAAGGACUCCUCGUGGGACUGCGUGCUGCAGGGCGCGCUCUCCACUUUCGCCAACACCAGCUCCUUCUUCUGGACGGUGGCCAUCGCCCUCUACCUGUAUCUCAGCAUCGUGCGCACGGCGCACGGGUCCGAGACUGGCCGCCUGCUCUGGGCUUUCCAUGUCAUCAGCUGGGGGGUUCCGCUGGCCAUCACCGUGGCGGCUGUGGCUCUGAAGAAGAUCGGCUACGACGCCUCGGACGUGUCGGUGGGCUGGUGCUGGAUCAACCUGGAGGCGGAGGACCGGGUGCUGUGGAUGCUGCUGACCGGGAAGCUGUGGGAGCUGCUGGCCUACGUCACUCUGCCCGUGCUCUACCUCCUCAUCCGGAAGCACAUCCACCGGGCGCACGAGGAGCUCUCGGAGUACCGGCCCAUCCUCUCCGAGGCACACCAGCUCCGGCGCCACACCUUCGUGGCCGAUAAGAAGCUGGUCCUCAUCCCGCUCAUCUUCAUCUGCCUGCGGGUCUGGAGCACCGUGCGCUUCGUCCUGACCCUCUGUGGCUCCCCGGCGGUGCGGAUGCCAGUGCUGGUGGUUCUGCACGGCAUCGGGAACACCUUCCAGGGAGGUGCCAACGGCAUCAUGUUCGUCUUCUGCACACGCGCGGUCAGGACCCGGCUCCUCUCCCUCUGCUGCUGCUGCUGCUCCCCUCAGCCUCCCGAGGCCGAGAGCCCAGCUGGCCCUCCCAAGGCCCCUGCGCCCUCCAAGAGGGGCGAGUCUCAGAGGCCCAGGCGGACCCCAAACGAACUUCCCAGCACCUGAGCUGCUCCCCUCCGGUUCCAGGCGUGGUGCGGCCGACCUGGGGCAGGCGGCUCUGAGUCCUCAGCGGGGAUGCCAGGUGCCCUGUCAGCCUCCUGCCGUUGCAGCUCCUGACCCCCGUGGGGAGCAGCGCAAACUCAGCUUGUCUACCUCCUUGACCCUCAGGCACAUCCCCCUCACGCCGUGUCCUUCUGCACUGGGGGGGAUUCUGUCAGCACGAGGGCUGCACUGAGAUUCAGGGAAACCAGUGGUUCAUGAGCACUGCCAGGUCACCUUGGGGUCCAGGAGUCUGGGGCUCCUGACCACACAGCACUGUUUACAGUCAGAGGGACCUACGUGGGUGGGCAAGGCACCAAGAGAUACAUGUACAACCGUGCACCCAUCCUCAAUAAACUGCCGGGGUGCCAAAGAUGGGGCCCCCACCAAGAUACACACAACAGAUUCCUGGUUUGUCAGGGCGUCGGGAUUCCCCUGAGAGCCUGGCUUUUCCUAGAUGGCUUUGCUGGCCAAUGCAAGGGUCAGUUACCUUGAACCAGGAGGUUCCCUAGUGACCAGCAUGGGCACAGCUGCACACAGCUGCUCAGGAUGGCUGGUCUCCAGGGACCUCCUGAAUUGUGUCUAUGGGCUCCCUGCCCUUGAUGGAGAUGGUGUGGCCAGGAUCCAGACUCCUGCCUCUAUGAGACACUUAACGUUGGGAAAGGAUUGGGCUUCCCUGGUGGCUCAGAUGAUAAAGCAUCUGCCUGCUUUUAUGCAGGAGAUCCAGGGAUGGAGCCCUGGAGAAUGGAAUGGCUACCCACUCCAGUAAUCCUUGCCUGGAGAUUGCUGAUUUAUUCACUUCCUAGGUUAAUUUUUUACAGGAAAGGCAACCAAAGAGUUAGGAAAUCACCCAAAUAUUGAUUCCUCCCUGAAAGGGAAAGUUAGGGGGAUUGAUUGGGAGGCAUGACACUUGCAUCCUGGGGUGAUAUGAAAGAAAAAGGAUUUAAGAGAAGCAUCCAUAUCUCUAUCGUCUAUGACUCUUCCACCAACCCUUUCCUCUAUAGGUCAGAAAACAGUUUCUCUGUUAAGUCACAGAAGCCACUGGCUAAGAAGGGAGGUGUACCUGUCACUGGGAUGGGGGGGUCUUGAGGAGGAGGAGUCGAACUCAACAGGUGCUGCCCCUCAUGUGGGUCCCACGAGCACUCUGUAACUGCAGUGAUGUUCUGAACCCGUAAAAUGGUUCUGGAUUAAAACCAAAGCCACAGCUACUGUUGAUCCCUCUUUUACUCUCAAAAGCAAAAUCUGUAACAGGAAGAGACUGAAAGGAAGAGUCCUCUACAGAACUAGGUCGAAAACGCUCUUGUUGGGUUUCCUUUUUAAAAAAGAUUUUAUGAAAAUCAGCAAGGGGAUGAACAUCCCUUUAGGAGUCAGAGAAAGUUCUGGGCUGCUUGGCAGGAGGGCAGUCUGCCCUCCUAGGACAGAAAUGGCCUAUGUCGGGGGAGUUGGGGUUCCCUGAAGUAUGUUACAGCACACCUUGGGCGCACAGAUGGUAACGAGCCUCACAUUAGCUUCUAGAAUGGAGCAGAAAUUCAGGAAGUUGCUGCUGCAAAGGAGAAAAUCAGUCACGGCUGAGUAUGGGCCCCAGGGAGAAUGAUGCUAGACUACAUCUGUUCUCAAGGGGGCCCCAGAGGCCUUGGAUCAGAUGGUGCAACACUGCUGCCUGACCUGGGUUUCCCCAGACCAGAUGCAGCCGGGAAACACCUGCAGAGGGAGUCAGGGCACAGAGAAGAGCACCUCUGCUGUGCUGUCUGCUCUUCUGAAAACCACCCCAAAGAUGCACCUAUUUCCAUUCUCUCCCUCUGCUCCCCACCCCAUCUCUGUAGAUGGGUGAAAAUGUUCCUGUGAGUGGGGAACAGGUGUGGGCAGGGGAGGGACUCAUCCUUGUACUGGCAAACAGCAGCAUCUCCUCUUUCUCACUCAGGUCAGUCUAGCUGGGCGGGUGGAGUUCAGAGCAGUAGAACGAGUGGAAUAAAGCCCCUUUCUGAACUCUAGGAGGGGUUCCUGCCUCAUAUCAAAGCAAGACAGAAGUGGUUCCUCCUGUGGGUUCUCUCUGUGUGUCAGGGUACUCAAAGAUUAUCCACCCUCAUUCCCUGGGCACUGCUGUAUGACCUCAGCCUGCACAGGGGCUAUGGGCUCAGCCCCGACCCCCUCUCUUCUCAGGCACUUUUUGAACCUUGGUCUUUUUCUCAGGUUUACUAAGCACUUUCUGCCUCUCUGUACUUCCGAGCUUCUGAAUUGUGUCUGUUUUUGUUUUGUGUGUGUGUGUAUGUGUUUGUUUUUUAAUAAAGAUUAUGACUUUAGUCUCGGUUGAGGGUGCAGACAGAGCUCUGCAUGCAUCCAUGACAAGAGAAAGAACAUUUUUGCAGACUUCCUGUAGUGGAAUAAUGACAUUGAGAGAGGUUUUUUGGCAUGUGCAAAGUUGUCAUGAAAACCCUGACUGGGUCAAGGCCAAAGUGGCUAUUUUAAAUAAAAUAUUUUUCUUUUGUGUGUUUGGUAAA